CCAGCUCACAAAUCUCUCUCAUCAUUCCAUUUUUACACACUUCAUCCUAAAGAAAUUAAGCUACAAAGCUAGCUAUAGCUAGAUAUACAUGGGAAACUGUUGUGCCAGUGCCACGGAAUCAUCAUCUAUGGAUUGGGGAGGUGAUGAUUGGGGUUCUUUUUCAUCAUCCAAGAGAAGGAGGAGUUCAAGGAAGAAUAAGGUGUUUGAUGAAGUUCAUGGGGAGAGUUUAGGGAACGUGGAGAAGGAGAAGCUCUUGGGUGCUUUGAGAGCUUCUUCUGAUGCCAAUGGGAAAGUGAAGAUAAAGAUCUCAAAGAAGGAGCUAGAAAAGUUGUUGGGAGGGAAAGAGAAUAAUAGUAAUAAGCAAGGUGAUCAUGGACACGCUUCUGCGGAACAAGUUUUGGCUCGGUUGAUACACGCUAGAGAUCAUGCGAGUAACGAAUACCAUGAUGUUCAUUAUAGGCCAUGGAGGCCCGUGCUUCAGAGUAUACCUGAGGUUAAUUAAAUGGGAUCAAAGGUGGUGGUGGAUUGUGUAUAGUGUAGAGGCUGAGAAAGGUUUAGCUAGGUUUGUACUUUUGUACAAAAUCGAACUAUGUUAAUUAUUUAGCCAGGAUUUUUUUAUUUGUUUUUCCAUGUUUUCAGCUUGUGUUUUUCUUGUAAGGUUGGGAAUGUGUGAUUUGUAUAUUCGUGAUUCCGCGAGCUCAAAACAUAAGUUUCUUGUGUAAAACUGGAUAUAGAAAAUCGAAAUUACUGUUUUAUAUAUAUUACAUGUUUAUGUACCAAUUAGUACCAAGUAUGUAUCUAUGAUUUCAAUUCAA